CCGGAGGCCGCGGCGAGAGCGCGCCCAGCCCCGCCGCGAUGCCCGCGCGCCCAGGACGCCUCCUCCCGCUGCUGGCCCGGCCGUCGGCCCUGACUGCGCUGCUGCUGCUGCUGCUGGGCCAUGGCGGCGGCGGGCGCUGGGGCGCCCGGGCCCAGGAGGCGGCGGCGGCGGCGGCGGACGGGCCCCCCGCGGCAGACGGCGAGGACGGACAGGACCCGCACAGCAAGCACCUGUACACGGCCGACAUGUUCACGCACGGGAUCCAGAGCGCCGCGCACUUCGUCAUGUUCUUCGCGCCCUGGUGUGGACACUGCCAGCGGCUGCAGCCGACUUGGAAUGACCUGGGAGACAAAUAUAACAGCAUGGAAGAUGCCAAAGUCUAUGUGGCUAAAGUGGACUGCACGGCCCACUCCGACGUGUGCUCCGCCCAGGGGGUGCGAGGAUACCCCACCUUAAAGCUUUUCAAGCCAGGCCAAGAAGCUGUGAAGUACCAGGGUCCUCGGGACUUCCAGACACUGGAAAACUGGAUGCUGCAGACACUGAACGAGGAGCCAGUGACACCAGAGCCGGAAGUGGAACCGCCCAGUGCCCCUGAGCUCAAGCAAGGGCUGUAUGAGCUCUCAGCAAGCAACUUUGAGCUGCACGUCGCACAAGGCGACCACUUUAUCAAGUUCUUCGCUCCGUGGUGUGGUCACUGCAAAGCCCUGGCUCCAACCUGGGAGCAGCUGGCUCUGGGCCUUGAACAUUCCGAAACUGUCAAGAUUGGCAAGGUUGAUUGUACACAGCACUAUGAACUCUGCUCCGGAAACCAGGUUCGUGGCUAUCCCACUCUUCUCUGGUUCCGAGAUGGGAAAAAGGUGGAUCAGUACAAGGGAAAGCGGGAUUUGGAGUCACUGAGGGAGUACGUGGAGUCGCAGCUGCAGCGCACAGCGACUGGAGCGACGGAGACCGUCACGCCCUCAGAGGCCCCGGUGCUGGCAGCUGAGCCCGAGGCUGACAAGGGCACUGUGUUGGCACUCACUGAAAAUAACUUCGAUGACACCAUUGCAGAAGGAAUAACCUUCAUCAAGUUUUAUGCUCCAUGGUGUGGUCAUUGUAAGACUCUGGCUCCUACUUGGGAGGAACUCUCUAAAAAGGAAUUCCCUGGUCUGGCGGGGGUCAAGAUCGCCGAAGUAGACUGCACUGCUGAACGGAAUAUCUGCAGCAAGUAUUCGGUACGAGGCUACCCCACGUUAUUGCUUUUCCGAGGAGGGAAGAAAGUCAGUGAGCACAGUGGAGGCAGAGACCUUGACUCGUUACACCGCUUUGUCCUGGGCCAAGCGAAAGACGAACUUUAGGAACACAGUUGGAAGUCACCUCUCCUGCCCAGCUCCCGCACCCUGCGUUUAGGAGUUCAAUCCCACAGAGGCCACUGGGUUCCCAGUGGUGGCUGUUCAGAAAGCAGAACAUACUAAGCGUGAGGUAUCUUCUUUGUGUGUGUGUUUUCCAAGCCAACACACUCUACAGAUUCUUUAUUAAGUUUCUCUAAGUAAAUGUGUAACUCAUGGUCACUGUGUAAACAUUUUCAGUGGCGAUAUAUCCCCUUUGACCUUCUCUUGAUGAAAUUUACAUGGUUUCCUUUGAGACUAAAAUAGCGUUGAGGGAAAUCAAAUUGCUGGACUAUUUGUGGCUCCUGAGUUGAGUGAUUUCGGUGAAAGAAAGCACAUCCAAAGCAUAGUUUACCUGCCCACGAGUUCUGGAAAGGUGGCCUUAUGGCAGUAUUGACGUUCCUCUGAUCUUAAGGUCACAGUUGACUCAAUACUGUGGUUGGUCCGUAGCAUGGAGCAGAUUGAAAUGCAAAAACCCACACCUCUGGAAGAUACCUUCGCGGCCGCUGCUGGAGCUUCUGUUUCUGUGAAUACUUCUCUCAGUGUGAGAGGUUAGCCGUGAUGAAAGCAGCGUUACUUCUGACCGUGCCUGAGUAAGAGAAUGCUGAUGCCAUAACUUUAUGUGUCGAUACUUGUCAAAUCAGUUACUGUUCAGGGGAUCCUUCUGUUUCUCACGGGGUGAAACAUGUCUUUAGUUCCUCAUGUUAACACGAAGCCAGGGCCCACAUGAACUGUUGGAUGUCUUCCUUAGAAAGGGUAGGCAUGGAAAAUUCCACGAGGCUCAUUCUCAGUAUCUCAUUAACUCAUUGAAAGAUUCCAGUUGUAUUUGUCACCUGGGGUGACAAGACCAGACAGGCUUUCCCAGGCCUGGGUAUCCAGGGAGGCUCUGCAGCCCUGCUGAAGGGCCCUAACUAGAGUUCUAGAGUUUCUGAUUCUGUUUCUCAGUAGUCCUUUUAGAGGCUUGCUAUACUUGGUCUGCUUCAAGGAGGUCGACCUUCUAAUGUAUGAAGAAUGGGAUGCAUUUGAUCUCAAGACCAAAGACAGAUGUCAGCGGGCUGCUCUGGCCCUGGUGUGCACGGCUGUGGCAGCUGUUGAUGCCAGUGUCCUCUAACUCAUGCUAUCCUUGUGAUUAAACACUUUUACUAUCUCCCUUGGGAAUAAGCACAUACAGGAUUAAGCUCUAAGACAGGUGUUUGUCCUUUUACCAUCGAGCUACUUCCCAUAACCACCACUUUGCAUCCAACACUCUUCACCCACCUCCCAUACGCAAGGGGAUGUGGAUACUUGGCCCAAAGUAACUGGUGGUAGGAAUCUUAGAAACAAGACCACUUACUUAUACUGUCUGAGGCAGAAGAUAGCAGCAUCUCGACCAGCCUCUGCCUUAAAGGAAAUCUUUAUUAAUCACGUAUGGUUCACAGAUAAUUCUUUUUUUAAAAAAACCCAACCUCCUAGAGAAGCACAACUGUCAAGAGUGGCUUCAGCUUUGCAUCACGAGUCUUGUAUUCCAAGAACAUCAAAGUGGUACAAUUUGUUUGUUUACACUAUGAUACUUUCUAAAUAAACUCUUUUUUUUUUUAAA